AUAUACAAAAUUCUAAUAAUUUUCGUAGUGUCUGCAGCUUCUGACGGAUAGUUCUAUAGUACCAAGUGUUUGCAUCAAUUCAACAGAUAAUCAAACAUGACGGAAGACGUGAGACCAGAAGUUAUCAAAAAGACUCAGGAUCUUCUUGGAAAAUAUUUUAAAAAACCACCACUUACCGAUAAAUUGUUGAAAAAGCCUCCGUUUAGAUUCCUGCAUGACAUUGUGUCAUCGGUGAUCAAAGAAACUGGAUUUCUUGAUGGUCUAUUUUCAGAAGAUGAAUUGAACUCUGAUAAUAUAAAGGAUAAAGAUGCUAAGCUUUCCUACUUAACAAAAUUGAUCGAUGUUGUGAAGCUGAUUACUGGAAGCAAUCUUACCGUACGACCCAAUAAAAUCAUUAGCGGACAUGAACCGAUUAAAACCAAUGAGUUAUUACAAGCUAUUGGAAAAGCCCUCGAUAAAAAAGUGAGCAGUGUGGAAGCAAUAGAGCAUUACAAAAAUGGUAGCAGCGGCACAAAGGGGCCUGGUAAACCAAAAUUAGCUACUAAAAAACCUACAUCAAGACAAUCUUCACAGGUGAAAAAAUCAAUUGAAAAAGAAAAGCCUUUGGCUGAUCAGAGAAAAAAGUCUACUAGUAUCAGCAAAGGAGCAUCCAAGGAAAGUAAAGCACAUAGCGAAGAUAGACAUGAAAAACAUCGUGAACAGGAAAAAGAAAAUAAAGCAAAAGGGACAGCUGGAAAUGAUGAAAAGCUGUCAGAAAUGCUUCCUGCAGAGCCAGUUGAAGAAAAACAUCCAUCAUCUGUCAGACGGCAAAAAAGUUCACGUUCCAUUCAACCUAACGAAGACCCUUUGUCACCAAAGACUUUGAAGUCUGCAAACGGCAAACCUGCUUUGUCGGACGCUACAAAUUCACCGACUCAUAGAGUGGAAGAUUCAUCAUCUAAUGAUAUUAAGCCAGAUGUUGAAACGCCCAAACAAUCACAGCAAGACAUUCAGGACUUAGAGAUGACAAUAGGCAGCACAUCAGAUGUUAAACAUUCUGCUGAAUUGAGAGCGAGAAGAGUUGAAUCUUCUAAGGGGUAUAAAAAUAAAGAAGAUUCUAAUUUACUGUCACCAAGUCAUAAAAUCCAUAAGUCAGCGACAGCAAGGAAUAAAAUAGAAAAACAACACACUUUUGAUAAUCCUGGAUCACCACCACCAAAAUCUGUAUCAACUUUGGAUGAUUCCAUGAACAUUUCUAACAUUCCUGAACCUACAGUGGUCAGACCAAAAACAUCGCUUCGCCCACCGAGUUCAAGGCCAAUUAGUGCCAGACCUGCAGCGCCAAGAGUACGCUCAAAAGCUGAAUUCAUCUUUAAUGAAGAUAUAACAACUCCGUUAGGCACUGUUAAUGUGAUAGUAGAAAAUUUCGACACAAAAGAAGAUGAUGAUAUUGACGAUAUGGUAGUAGUGGAAACAAUUGGAAGCGGCGAUUCCCUUAAUGUUGAAGAAUUAACUAGAACUGAAAGUCGACUUUCCGAAGAGCACGGCCACCUUGUAGCUCAAAUUUUAGAAACCCAGAGAGAGUUGAUCAAUACAGAUAAUGUUGAUGUCAUGCCCAAGAAGGUGGAGAUUGAAUGGGAGGCAGGUGCGAGAAGAGAUCGAGGAUCAACUAUAAAAGAAGUCGACAAGAUGCGCAGUUCUAUUCAAACGUUAACGCGAGCGACGAAUCCGCUGGGUAAAUUAUUAGAUUAUCUGCAGGAAGAUGUAGAAAUGAUGCAGAAGGAAUUGCAAGAGUGGAGAACUCAAUACAAUAAAUUAAGUGAACAAUUACAACAGGAACAUAUCUUAACGCAAGAGUCCAUAGAACCAAUGAAGGGGACUCUUAGUGAGAUCGAAGAGAAUAUCAAAGUUCAGUCCGAUAAAAUAUGCCAAGCAAAAGCAAGCAUAACAAAAAAUGAUAGGAAAUUACAGCGAUUACUGAAUGGCUAAGGGACCAAAAAGGCUCGAUCCACAAGAACCGAAGCUUUUAUCUGGAAAUUCAACACUUGAGCCCCAUUUGAGAAAAACCCUGCAUUUUUGCAGCAACAGGAGACAAUCUUCUGGCAGCUAAAUCAUAGGAAAUCAAAAGAUUUCUACCACCCUUCUGGUUUCUGGCCCCCUAGACAUUAAUAAAAUCACAUGUAUUUUGUUAAACUAUAAGGCUGGAAGAAAUUGAUUCAUGGAGUUUGUUACAUAUAUUGCUAAUUUAUUUAUUGAAAACUUGUAUCGUUCAACACAUCAGUUGAUUUGUAGAGAUUUUUCUCAAUAAAGAUCGAAAAUCGGAUGACAGUAA